GUAAAUUUGGUGCGUGCCUGAAGGAGCAUCAGAUAUCUAAUGCAUUGAAAGCAUGAGAGCGAGGACGUUUCUGAGUGUUGCUCCCGUGUUUCUGAGCAUCUCCUGCGCUGCGCUGAAAAGCUGUGCGGAGAUCCAGUGUGAGGAAGACCAGAAAUGCUGCAGGUCUCAGAACAGCAGCCAACAGGACGUCCAAUGCUGUAAAGUGCACAGUUUUCUGGAUAACCUGGACUGGCUGGUGCGCAGACUGUCGGGUCUGCUGAUCCUGCUGCUGCUCUUCAUUGUGGGAUACUUCAUCCAGCGGGUGGUGUGUCCCCGUCCCAGACACCAGUCUCCAGAGGAGCCGUCUCUCCUGCACGGACACGCAUUAUCCCAGGACUCGCUCUCCGGGGGAUUCAGCUCUCCGGUUCUGCUGCUUCCUGCAUACGAGGAGGUGAAAAGUCUGCCCACGUAUGAGGAGAUCAUGAUGGAGAGCAAUGGAGACGCUCUGAACUUAAACACAAGGGCGCUGCAGACGUCGAGAAGAGCCAGAAACUCUCUGUAAACUCCUGCGUUUUAUAUAGUGUGUG